AUGAAUUCAGAAUACCCUCUUUCGAAGGAGAGGUACUCCCUGGGGUUUUUUGCUGUUUUUCUUUUCCUUUUUCGUUUUUUUCUUUUUCUUUCUUUUUCUUUCUCAUUGUUUUUCUUAUCCUUUUACGUUGUUUUUCUUUUGCGUUGUUUUUCUUUUCCUUUUUCGUUGAUUUUCUUUUCUUUUUCGUUGUUUUUCUUUUUCUUUUUCGUUGUUUUUCUUUUCCUUUUUCGUUGUUUUUUUUUUCCUUUUUUGUUGUUUUUCUUUUUCGUUGUUUUUCUUUUCCUUUUUCGUUGUUUUUAUUUUUCGUUGUUUUUCUUUUCCUUUUCGUUGUUUUUCUUUUCCUUUUCGUUGUUUAUCUUUUUCGUUGUUUUUCUUUUCAUUUUUCGUAGUUUUCUUUUCCUUUUUCGUUGUUUUUCUUUUUCGUUUUUGUUUUUCUUUUUCGUUGUUUUUAUUUUCCUUUUUCGUUGUUUUUCUUUUCCUUUUUUGUUGUUUUUUUUUUCGUUGUUUUUCUUUUACUUUUUCGUUGUUUUUCUUUUCCUUUUUCGUUGUUUUCCUUUUCCUUUUUCGUUGUUUUUCUUUUUUUUUUCGUUGUUUUUCUUUUCCUUUUUCGUUGUUUUUCUUUUCCUUUUUUUCUUUUUCUUUUUCAUUUUUUUUUUCUUUUCUUUUUUUUUUUUUUUCUUUUUCUCGAAGUCGAAGUCUCGAAGUCUCGAAGUCUCUCUCUCUCUCUCUCUCUCUCUCUCUCUCUCUCUCUCUCUCUCUCUCUCUCUCUCUCUGCAAAAUCAUACCAAAGUCUUCAUUGAUAUAUGUGUCAUUCAGAUAUCGAUAUGUCGCCCGACUAAAGUCUUCAUUGAUAUAUGUGUCAUUCAGAUAUCGAUAUGUCGCCCGACCAAAGUCUUCAUUGAUAUAUGUGUCAUUCAGAUAUAUCGAUAUGUCGCCCGACCAAAGUCUUCAUUGAUAUGUGUCAUUCAGAUAUCGAUAUGUCGCCCGACCAAAGUCUUCAUUGAUAUAUGUGUCAUUCAGAUGUCGCUAUGUCGCCCGACCAAAGUCUUCAUUGAUAUAUGUGUCAUUCAGAUGUCGAUAUGUCGCCAGACCAAAGUCUCCAUUGAUAUAUGUAUCAUUCAGAUAUCGAUGUGUCGCCCGACCAAAGUCUUCAUUGAUAUAUGUGUCAUUCAGAUAUCGAUAUGUCGCCCGACCAAAGUCUUCAUUGAUAUAUGUGUCAUUCAGAUGUCGAUAUGUCGCCAGACCAAAGUCUCCAUUGAUAUAUGUGUCAUUCAGAUAUCGAUGUGUCGCCCGACCAAAGUCUUCAUUGAUAUAUGUGUCAUUCAGAUGUCGAUAUGUCGCCCGACCAAAGUCUUCAUUGAUAUAUGUGUCAUUCAGAUGUCGAUAAGUCGCAAGACCAAAGUCUCCAUUGAUAUAUGUGUCAUUCAGAUAUCGACGUGUCGCCUGGCCAAAAUCAUGAGCAGUUUAGAAAAAUCAACUGGAACUUUGUUUACGCAAAUCCUUUUGCGCUCUGCCAAAAUUCCUACAAUUAACACAUGGCCUUCUCGUCUGGCCAUUUCCACGGUCACAUUACCUGUUUACACAAUAUCUAUGUACUCUCGAACGAUAUCUUCGUCGAUUCUGGUUAUUUUGUGUUUUCUUAACCAGCACUUUUAA